AGGAAUCUAGUUUGUUUCCUCCCAAAAAAACAUGACAUUAACAGAUCAUACUUGACUUCACACUAUAUCACCAUUUCACAUGAUUCAUCGCUUCAACUCUAAGCCAAACCCCACAUGUUAGAUACACUCACUCACUCACUUUUCUACUUACUACAACUGCUUCUACUUUCCUAUCACUUCAUUUUUACACAUCAACACAAACACUAAUUAAUUACAAUCUAAUCCUUCUCAAACCUUUUCAUUUUAUUUUAUUCAAUUCAAUUCAAUGGGAAACUGUUUAAGUAAUUCAACGGAAACACUCACGGCGGAGAUUUUACCUAACGACGGAGCCACCGUCUACCCCACCGUUCGGUUACACGGCACGCCGGACAGUAUUUUCUCUACAUACAUUCGUUUCGCCAUUCUCCAAAAUACUACUACUACUUCGUCCGAUACUGUUUCAUCUUCCAGACCUUCGCUGCCGGCACCGCCGAAUGAGACGGCGCGUGGCUUACGAUCCAACUGGGAGAAUUCGAUUACUGUUCCAAUGAAGUCGGAUUUCGAGUCAGGCUCCCGCGAUGCGCUUCUACGGUUUAUCGACACGCGAUUCCCGGAUUUAUCGGUGCCGGAAGAAUCGUCGAAGGCGGUGGUACUGAGUGAUGGUGAGAGUGAGGAUGGAACGGUGUCGUUAAUGGUGAGGGUGACGCGGUUGCAGCAUAAGAGUGUGACGUGGCAUGUGGAGAGGUUGGUGAGAUGGGCGGAGGAUCUGGCGACACGUGGAGGGAAGAAGGCCGUUGAUCCGAAAAUGGGAAGUUGGAAGAUGGAGGUGAGGAAAUUUGGAAGGAGUUACUCUCAGUUGUUGGAUUUGAUGAUGGAGCAUGCUCAAAUGGAAGAAAGACUCAUCUUCCCUAUUUUUGAUCGUGCUGAUCGAGGGCUAACUAAAGCUGCAAAGGAGGAACAUGCUAGGGACCUUCCUAUCAUGAAUGGCAUCAAAGAAAUCAUCAAAUCUAUUGAGGUUUUAGACUCAGGAAGUUCCAAUUACAGAGAGGCUUUGUACAAUCUUUCUACUAGGCUCAAUUCAUUUCAGGAACAAUGCAAACAACACUUCAUGGAAGAGGAGUUGGAAUUACUUCCAUUAAUGGAGGCAGUGGAAUUGAGCAGAGAGCAAGAUGAAAGAGCACUAGAGCAAUGUUUUGAUGUGAUGCAAGCAACACAUAGUGGGUUGUUAAAGUUCCUUGUUGAAGGGCUCUCACCUAAAGAUGCAAUGAAAUACUUGGACUUGAUCAGCAUGUGUAGGGACAGAGAGAGAAUGGAAUAUAUGCUCAGAAUGAUAAUUGAAUGAGAUAUACUCUUCACAUGAUCAUUUGUCCAACUAUAACACUCACAUGGAUGAAUUAUGAAGCUUACAUAUAGCCAACACAAAAUGUUCAAAGUUGGGUAUUUAUGUCAUUUUUCUAAGUAAAAUGCCCUGUGUAAACUUGUAAUUUUAUCCUUUUAAUUGUGAAGUAGCAUUAGAGUUUUUUUUUUUUU